AUGUACAAGAAGACAUAUACAAUAACGUUCUGUGGGGACGAAGAAUGCGGGAAGACGGCAAUGAUCAAAACACUUCUUCACAAAGAACACGACGCAUUUCACCGUUCGACCCUUGAUGAGGAGUACGACUAUGAGACUUCGUUCAACAACAAAAGUUACAAAUUGAAGCUUCUCGACAGCCCGGGAAACCAAGAGUAUAGAGCGAUGAUACAGUAUGACAUUAAAGAGAGCGAGGGAAUAUUACUGUUCUUCGACUUAAGCAUAGGACCGUCGUUUGUGUCACUUGACGAGUACUUCGAGUGCUUUGAAAGUGCUGAAUUAGGGUUUGACACUCCAGUAGUUCUUGUCGGUAAUGUUCGAAAGGGGGAACACGA